CUCCAGGUGCUUGCCAGCCUGCAUUCCCUGGCCCACAGCAGUGCAACUGAAAGGGGACUCCUGGAAGUCCUAGGACUUGAACAUAACCCUGAGUAAAAGGUUUUAGACACCGCCUCAUCAUGUGUGAGGGACUGAUGGAGAGGUAUGUGGCUGCCAUGGUGCUGAGCGCAGCUGGAGAUGCCUUAGGGUACUUCAAUGGGAAGUGGGAGUUUCUUCGGGAUGGAGAAAAGAUUCACCAGCAGCUGGCCCAGCUUGGUGGGUUGGACACCAUAGAUGUGGAGAGGUGGAGAGUCAGCGAUGACACAGUAAUGCACCUGGCCACGGCAGAAGCUCUUGUGGAAGCUGGGAAAAUCUUGGAUUUGGCUCACCUGUAUUCCCUACUUGCUAAGCAUUACCAAGACUGCAUGGGAGACAUGGAUGGCCGAGCACCAGGGGGUGCUUCAGUGCAGAAUGCCAUGCUACUGGAGCCAGACAAGGCCAAUGGCUGGAGGAUUCCCUUUAACAAGCACGAGGGCGGCUGCGGGGCUGCCAUGCGUGCUAUGUGCAUCGGUCUCAGGUUCCCCCACCACGGACAGCUGGACACGCUGAUCCAGGUGAGCAUCGAGAGUGGCAGGAUGACCCACCACCACCCUACAGGCUACCUGGGCGCUCUUGUUUCUGCUCUUUUUACAGCCUAUGCUGUGAACAACAAGCCUCCCAGGCAGUGGGGAAAAGAAAUGAUGGAGGUGCUACCAGAAGCUAAAAAGUACAUUAUCCAAUCAGGCUACUUUUUGGAGAAGAAUCUUCAACACUGGUCCUACUUCCAAGACCAAUGGGAAAAAUACCUAAAACUUAGAGGGAUUUUGGAUGGCAAAUCAGCCCCUACCUUCCCCAAGCCCUUUGAUGUGAAGGAGAGGGAUCAGUUCUAUACCUCCGUGAGCUACUCUGGCUGGGGUGGCAGCAGUGGACACGAUGCCCCCAUGAUUGCUUAUGAUGCCAUCCUGGCUGCAGGAGACUCCUGGAAGGAGCUUGCCCAUCGAGCCUUUUUCCAUGGUGGAGACAGUGAUUCUACAGCUGCUAUUGCUGGCUGCUGGUGGGGAGUUAUGUAUGGUUUUAAAGGAGUGAGUCCCUCCAACUAUGAGAAACUAGAAUACAGAAACCGGCUGGAAAAGACAGCCAGGGCUUUGUAUUCUCUUGGGUCAAAGGAAGAUACUGUAGUUACCCUUUAGAGAGAUGUGACAUCAUUUCUCGUGGUUGCUCCUCUUAUGUAGUCCAGUUUCUUUUCAUUUUUUCCAAAGUCAAGAGUUUUAACCUUGUACUCCAGGAAUUUUGAGGUAACAUGUCCCUUGAGCACCUGAAGCUUGUCUUUCCAAAUUCAUCCUGUCCCCCCUGACUCUGUCCCUCUUUCUGUCCUUUAUCUCAGUUGAUAGAAGUCAGUAUCUCCCCAAGCUAGAAGUCUCAUGGCCCCAUAUUUGAGUCUUCAUUUUCAUCAUCUAAUCUUUCACUAAGUUUUUUCUGUGUGUCUCAGGUUGAGUUCUCCAAAAGUGGACUUUGAGACAAAGAUUCAAUAACAAGUAGUUUAUUUGGGAGGUGAUUCCAGGAAGCCCUGGUAGGAAAAUGGGAAGUGAGACAGGGAGGAGAGGGGAGGGAAGCCAGCACAAGGUGCGAUGAGCAGGUCAGCACUCUGGCCAGUUGGGACUAGUCCAUCUGGGUUCUCUGUAAGGCACUCCUCAAGAGUUGUCCCACCCAAGGGGCAAGCAAACCUGGGGUGUCCAUCCGUCACCUUCCAUUUGGCAUUGGUUGAGGACCACUCCUAGGGACGCUAACUCCCUGGUACUUCUUGGCCUGUCUUUUGUGCAAGCCAGACACAAAUGUCUUCAGGCAAAGGCUCAGAGGUGCUUGCAAUGGCAAGCUGUACAGUGCAUGGGAAGAGUGAAGGAGGUAUGUGGGGUCCCAAUAGCAUCUGCCAGAUGGUCUGCCUCCUAAAUGUCCUUCACAUCUGUUACUCUUUUACUUUCUUGCACCAGUAUUUUUCAGUUGGAUUUCUGCAGUCCAGGGUACUCAAGUCUGGGGAGAUGCUGCUCCAAGCUGUACUCUGUACUUUGCUGGCUGUGACACUUAACGAAUUGCCAGUUUUGUUGUUUUCUCUUGGCUUGUCUUUAUUUUCCUCUAGACACAACCUAGCAAAGUGCCUGGGAACAUGGGAGGUACUUGAUCAGUAUAUAUUAAAUGAAUGUUGUUAAUCACCUCCUGUCUGGUCCCUUAAUUCCAGUCUUGCCUUCCUCCUUGCCCUCCAGAGUUAUCUUUACAAAUCAGUCAUGCUGAACUUCUAAUCAUGUUCCAAUGAAUACUCACCCCCUUUCUCCAUUUCUUAAUGCUCUUCCCUCUCCUUUUCCACCUGGUAGAUGCUUACUCAUCCUUCAAGCCCCAGCUCAGGUAGAACCUUCUGGGUGAAACUUGCUGUGAUUAUUCGGGCACUUGGCCACUUUCUCCUCAUAUACCCACAGCCUUGUCUCCAGGCUUGUCACCACACUGGUCCUGUUGAGUGGUGAUUGGGUGUCUUCUGAGGACAAACUCAGAUUCCUUGUGAGGAAUUAUCUUAUUCUCUUUGUGGCCUGUCUGCUGGCCCAUGAGAGACAUUCAAUAAAUAGGAGGUUCAUCAAA